AUGGUCAACCAGUUGAGAAGUAUGGCCUGCAGACAUGUUCAAAACAUGGUUCAAAGUGUCUCAAAAUGUUCCGGGAGUGAGGCACCAUACUCACCAAUUGUUGAUACUGGCUGUGAUUCCCCAUCUAGCCUUCCUAAAGCCUGUAAAACAUCGGGAUUAUCCGAAAAAAAGUCUGAGUCUCAUUCCGUAAUUGAUGCAAAGUGUCUGAAUAAAAGCUGCGUUUCAUCAAGUGUUCCUCAAGCCUGUGAUUUCCACUGCGAAGCAGACCAAAAACUAAAUGUUAAAUGUGCACAGUCAAAAAAGAUAGCAUCUGAAGAUUUGGAUGACCGUCAAUCUCCAAAUGACUAUCUUUGGCAAAAAUUAGAAGCAUUGGUUGAUCAGAUGAUCUCAGAAGAGGAUGGAAUUCCCGUCCGCAAUGUUAAAAGUCUAAUGUCAAUAAUUCCUAGCACAUUUACCGGUAGUGAUAUUGUUCAUUGGUUGAUGGAACACAUUGGAGCUAGUGAUGUUACUGAAGCCGUUCAUAUUGCUAGUCGUAUUGCGUCUAUGGGUUAUAUUUUUUGCAUUGAUGAUCAUGUACUCACUGUGAAAAAUGAUGGACAUACGUACUAUCGAUUUCAAACUCCUUUCCUCUACCCAAGUCGAUGCAUGGAGGCAGAUACGGCAGAUUAUGCUGUUUAUUUGUGUAAGCGCACCAUGCAAAACAAACAGAGAUUGGAACUGGCUGGAUUUGAAGCUGAACGCCUGGCUAGUUUACAAAAUAUUUACUGCCAUAAGUGGGAGUUCAUUUAUAUACAGGCAGAAUCAGAAGCUAAAGUAGAUAAGAAAAGAGAUAAAUUAGAGAGACUGGUACUUGAAUCACAAGAACGAGCCUAUUGGGAUUUACAUAGACCACCACCAGGCUGUAUUAAUACAACGGAUAUUGAUAUGCGUAAAUUGUGUCGCGCUAAACGCCCUAAAAAAACCACAUCUCGUCCUAUAAAUUUUCCUAUUCCGAGUGGCCCAGAUGGAUCUAUUUUAUUCUCCGUUUUGGAUGGUCUUUCACUACGAGAUAGGAUAGACAAACUUCAUACUUGUUCACGUACAAGAAUUAAAUCAUCUAAAGCUGCUGAGAGUUUGCAAAACUUUGCCGACCAGUAUUCUGAAUUCGAUUUACUUUUAUCUACGUCAACAUCUCUUGGUUUUUCUGCACCGUCUACAAUUGGAAUAAAUCAACCGAAUACAGCUUCUUCUACUAGCCAGUUGGCGUUAGGUAGUUUAAAUGUGAAUACUAAUUCUUCUACCACUGCCACUACUCCAACAUCUAUAUUACGUACAUCCGGUGAUAAAUUAAUUCACCAUACUCGUAGUAUUUCAGCUACUGGAUUUAAUGGAAUCACAUCAUUGACUUCAAUGUCGUUAGCUCGUACCAGCAGUGGAACAGGAAAUGGUGCACAUAAUUUCUCGACAGGUGGUCAAAUUUCUAGUGGACAUGGAUCAGCUGGACAUAUGGGAGUACUUACUGCUAGUUCACCUAAUUCGGUCUAUGAUCUUAAUCAAGAACCAGUUAGUGCAUUGAAUCCUUGGAUUUCUGAUAAUCCUGAUUAUUGGAAUACGGACCUACGUCCAAAAUAUCUACCUAUUCGUCGUAUUAAACGUUGGAGUUUCUCAAUUCAUGAACUAUUAAAAGAUCCAGUUGGUUUAGAAGAAUUUCAACGUUGGUUAGAAAAAGAAUUUUCAGCAGAAAAUCUCAGAUUCUGGCAAGCAUGUCAAGUACUUAAAGGUGCUCCAUUGCGUGAAGUUCGUCAGUCCAUUAUGAAUAUAUAUCAACAGUAUUUAGCUCCAAAUGCAGUAGAACCAAUAAAUAUUGACAGUAGAAUCGCUGAUCUUGUAAGACGUCAAAUAGAUGGUGAAUCGAAUACAACACCAAAUCGUUAUUGCUUUGAAGCAGCUGAAGAACACAUUUUUCAUUUAAUGAAAUCCGAUUCUUAUUGUCGUUUCCUACGAUCUGAUGUUUAUCGUGAAUUAUUUCGUGGUGAUAAGAAAAAGUCAAAGAAACAGCAACGUAGUAGUGGAAUCAAUUCGAAUAAUGCUUUGUCAAGUGGUCCCGGCGUUGGUGCUCAAGUUACUGCAACAGUUAAUUUUACUGGAAUUGAAUAG